AAGUGGGCAGUUGGUGGGGACAGAAUCUGAGCUAGGAGGUCAGAAGAACAGAAGAUACAGGACUAUGUCAUCGAUCCGGUGUUGGGCUCCUUUGGAGAUUUCUUCCAACCCUAAUUCUGCUUGAUGAGUCCACACCUCCAUCCCUGAUCAUCCAGAGGAGAUGGCUGCAGCAACAUUGGCUGGACUGAUUCCUACAUUUAUCUCUGUGACUGGUGAUGGAAAUGGCUAUUAUAGUGGACGACUGUUGUGGUUUGGAUUUCUUGGGGUGUAUGGGGUAGUGAUAUAUGUGGUUCAAAUGUCCUGGGAUUCAAUCGACCAUGACUUCUGGUGUCAAGGCAAUGUCACUUUUCUUUGCCAGACAGAGUGCUUUGAGAAACAUUUCAAUAUGGCCAUUGUGGGCCUCUGGUAUUUCUUCUUCUUCAUUUUCCUGGCAGCCUUUUUCCUCAUGGAGUUCUUCAUUGUUCACAUUAUCUCUGGGCACAUCAAAAUGAAGGUGAUGGAGUCCAUCAGUGAAGUAGAGGAGGGCUCUAUGGUGGGAAUACAGGAGAACAACCAAAGCCCAAAGAAAAACACACAGAAUAUUGGACAGCAAAAGAUGCUCCUGGGUUUAUACCUCUUCUAUUUCUUCCUACAACUCACUUUCCAGACAACAUUUCUGUGCAUCCUUAUAUUUCGUCACCUGCCCCUGGUGAAUGGUGAUGCCAUUUUCUGUUAUACAGACACAUGUCCUGACCCCAAAAUAUGCUUGGUGAAGGGAACCGUGGAAAAGCGUAUGUCCAUUUACACCCUGAUCACUAUGUCCACUAUGAUCAUCAUCUUCUGUAUAGUAUUCUUUAUUUACAGUGUCUAUUACUACAAGCAAAUAGUGGUUAUGAACAGCCAUUCACAUAGAACUUGGAUAGACUGAGGUUUGGGGAUGGGUAGUACCCUCUCAACCUCACUCCAUUUAUACCAAUGAGUUCUGGUUUCCAAAAACACUGUGUUGGUUACAAACCCUCCUCCUAUCAGUAGUGGUUACCUCCUUAAAAAAAAAAAUAAAAGAUCCUUAUUGUCUUCAA